AAAAACCGCUAAACAUUGUCCAAAACCAUAAACCGGCAACAAGUUCAAAGCCCACCAUCCUCUCACAGUCACACACUAUAUAUACCACCAUCAAUUGCUCAAUUCCUACGCACCUUCACACAACUGUAUCAUUCUUGUUUAUGUAUGUUCAACUGUUGAUCAUACAGAUAUGGCUGCAAGCACAGCAAGAACGGAACGCAAGAUCCUAGUCGCCGUCGAUGAAGGUGAAGAGAGUACUUAUGCUCUCUCAUGGUGCCUCAAGAACGUAGUAACUGAAAAUUCCAAAGAUACCCUUAUCCUCCUCUACGCCCAACCACCUCGAACUGUCUACACAGGCUUGGAUGGAACAGGGUAUUUGUUUUCCUCGGAUAUAUUGGCAACCAUGGACAGGUACAGUAACGAGAUGGCUAACUGCGUUACGGAGAAGGCCAAGAGAAUUUGCAAGGAGCUGAAUAAUGUAAAGGUGGAAACGAGGGCGGAGCCUGGAGAUCCAAGGGACGUGAUUUGCCAGGUGGCGGAGAAGUUGGGCGUUGAUUUGGUGGUGAUAGGAAGCCAUGGCUACGGUCCGAUCAAGAGGGCUUUCCUGGGGAGUGUGAGCAAUCACUGUGCAAAGAACCUCAAGUGUCCUGUUCUGAUUGUGAAAAAGGCCCAAAUCAAGUAAUGGCAGCAGAUAGUUAGCCUAUUAUUUUUGGGUAUUACGACGGCCUUCUUGUUAAGCACUUGUUCUUGUUUCUUUGACUUAUUUUUUUUUUUCCCUUUUUUGUUUUAUUUUUGACUUGUUUUUAUUUGCCUCUGUUAGAGCUUGUAUAUAUAACAACUCCGUCCUCUGUGGUGUUUGGUAUAUAUAAAACUUGUCUGAUUCAUAAUGACA